AUGGCUGAACCAAUAGGCCUAGCCUCCGGAUUGCUAGCGCUAGCAACUUUCGCCUUCCAGUGCAGCAUCUCGCUAUACGAAACGGUCAAUAGUUUUCGUUCCCACCCGAAACGUGUCCGUGAUCUUCUUGAAGAACUUGAAGCCCUGAGUGCUGUGCUUGGCCCACUUGCCGACUUUGUCAAGGCAACAGCUGAUAUCGACCUGUCGCCGCUAGAUCUUCCUCUUCUACGCUGCGGUAGUGCCUGCAAGGAGUUCCAACAGGAGAUUCUCCGAUGCUCGUCACGGUCAGAUAUGAGUCGGACGAACUUUCGGGACUGGGCCAGGCUAAAGUACAUGGGUGACGACAUAGACGGCUUCCGAAGAUUACUGGCCGGGUACAAGGCUACAAUCAAUAUUGCUCUCACUGAUGCGAACCUUCGCCAAACCUCUGUCAACACCGAAAGCCUAGAAGAUUACAAGCGCCUUAUUCAAGACGCCAAAGAUGAUCUUGAAGCUCGUCUGGAAGCUAUAGAUAGCAAAUUGGAGUGCAUCGUUGAGAAAAGCGUGGCGCAAUCGGAACCAGAAGCAGCUGAACUGCAAUCUAUGAAGGAGGAGCGCCUGAGUACAGAGAAAUGUCUCCAGAUUUGUGCCCAGCUAUCCGAUCAUAUUGACCAUAUUCAGUUGAUAUCGGACGGAGGUGGUGCCUCUCAUCGCCCAGAUAGUCUGGACAUUUCGCCCGAGACCGUUACUAAUGAAGGCUUGCAAGAAUGCAAAAACAGCUUGGCUGUGACAGCUGCUAGGCUAGAGAAACAUAUGCAAGAUGUCAUGAAUCGACUACUCUCGCAAUCAAAGACAACAACCUCUUCUAAAAAAGAUGAACAAGACUUGGCAAGGCUACAGGAUGAGUGGAAUUCUGCUCGGCAGUGCUUGGACAUCUGUUCUAGGGCGGAUAAUCAUCUGAAAGAGAAUGUCAGUGUGAUCGAAAAUUAUGGUACAGGCGAUGCCUUGCAAUUCAUGGUAUCCACAAAUGGCAAAAUCCUGCACGGCAAAAACCGAGCUCAUGGUUGGAGAACAAGACAAGUGGGAGGCUAUUUGAGUGAUGCCUCCGUCCAGCAGCUGUCAAGAGAUAUUUCAACCAUCAACAUGAGUCAUCUGAAAGGUGGAGAACCUUCUUCGACAGACCACAGCACACUGGGUCCGCGUGAUGAAGUGAAGGGCGAAAUGACCACAGAAUUUAAACAACGGUACGGACGAGGCUUCAAACUGAAUCCGACAAGUUUCCCAGAAGCGUCUACUCCUUCGACGACAUCAAGCCACUGA